AUGAAAAAUGAAUCUCCUUCUUGUCUUCCGCUAGCAUUAGUGCUGUUGUCGGUGGUGCUGGUUAGUGUGUUGGUGAACCAGGGGAGAGCUUCGGAAAACCAGCGGCUCUUCAAUAACGCAGUCAUUCGUGUACAACACCUGCACCAGCUGGCCGCAAAAAUGAUCAAUGACUUUGAGGACAGCCUGUCGCCUGAGGAGCGCAGACAGCUCAGUAAAAUCUUCCCUCUGUCUUUCUGCAAUUCUGACUACAUUGAGGCGCCAACUGGAAAAGAUGAAACACAGAAGAGCUCUAUGUUGAAGCUCCUCCGCAUCUCUUUCCGUCUCAUUGAGUCCUGGGAGUUCCCCAGCCAGACCCUGAGUGCAACCGUCUCAAACAGCCUAACCGUCGGGAACCCCAACCAAAUCACCGAGAAGCUGUCCGACUUGAAAAUGGGCAUCAGUGUGCUCAUCAAGGGAUGUCUCGAUGGUCAACCAAACAUGGAAGAUAACGACUCCCUGUCGCUGCCUUUUGAAGACUUCUACUUGACCAUGGGGGAGAACAACCUCAGAGAGAGCUUUCGUCUGCUGGCUUGCUUUAAGAAGGACAUGCACAAGGUGGAAACCUACCUGAGGGUGGCAAACUGCAGGAGAUCCCUGGAUUCUAACUGUACCCUGUAGAGGGCGCCGGUGUAUUGCAAGUCAAUGCCUCCAAAUCUAAGACCAGUUUAAGUCCUUAAAACUUCCUUAAGUAAUGAGUCGGUCUUAUAUGUGCAGGAAUUGUCAACCAAGCACGGCUAGGCCUGUC